ACCCGACGAUACAUACAGUAGUUUUCUUUCAACUGCAUUAACUAUAAUAUUAAACAGCUGCCUGCAUGUUGCAACAAUAAUAUUGAUCCAAGAAUUGAAGUGCAUUUAGUGGCUGACAUUUUUAUACUCACAUAAGUAAGUUAUUUUUGCUUUGUUGCUUCAGUUCAUCCUGUUCAGCUGCUUCCUGCUGUUAGGACUGCACAUGCUGUUUGUUUUGUUGUUGUUUUAAAGGCUAAUAUAAUAUCUUUUGGCUAACACUGGUACAUUUAUAUUGAUGCUGGUCAAUGUGCAUUGACCCUGGGAAAUUAAAAUAAUGAAAAUCUAAUUCUGAAUGCAGGAUUUUUACUAAAGUAAGUGACCUGAAUACUUAUUGCACAACUCUAAUUGAUAAAGAGCAUCUGAUAAACAUUUAGAAAUCCAUCAUAUAUCAUCAACAAAAUACUAAAAAGCAGAUAAUGAGGUCAGGGAAUUGAGUAUUCUUUUAUAAAUAGGACAUGUAACAUUUAUGUAACUCAUAAUGACCUUUUUUUGGUUGAAUGCAUCUGUCAUUCACAAAAUUUCGAUCCCUAAUGCAUUUUCUGUGCAACCACUGUUAUUAUGGGCUGUUUUCCCUCCUAAUAGCACUGUUUUUGUCCCAUAAAUAGAUGUGAUAUCAUGACGCAAAACAUGCCCCACAAAAAGCCAAACACACGUGCUGUGCUUGCGCAACUCAUCUCCAUAAAGCCCCUCAGAUGACAGGGUAUUUAAACCUGUCCACUGCACCGGUGAUGGCACACACGCACCGUCGGCUCCGGAGUCUCCGUGAAGCCUCCAGCAGAGCGCGCACACAUGAAGACGGAAGGCGGGGUGCAGGCCGCGCCGUUCGGCGGGAGGAAGCAGAGUCUGAUCGAGGAUGCUCGCAGGGAGCGCGGCAGCGGCUCCGCGGGCUCCCCGGGGCCCUCCAGGUACGGAGACGGCUUCGUGUUCGAGGAGAAGGACGGCAGGGUCACUCUGAACGUCCUGUUCGCUCUCAGCAACGAGAAAAACGCGGGAUUCUUCAAAACCGGGAAAAUAUUCGAGACGUUUGAAGCUAAACUUCUCCACAUCGAGAGUCGACCGGGGAGGAAGUCGAAGAACAGCACGACGGACCUGGAGUUUUUCAUGAAGUGUGAAGUUCACAGCUCUGACCUGGACGUUUUCAUCAACUCCCUGAAGAGAGUGGUUGAUGACGUUCGCUCCAUACCGGAGGAAAAAGUUCCCUGGUUCCCCCGACAGAUAAAAGACCUGGACAGAUGCAACAUGCUAAUAACCAAAUUUGAUCCAGACAUGGAUCAGGACCAUCCGGGAUUCAGUGAUCCAGAAUACAGGAAAAGACGGGCUUAUAUCUCCGAACUCGCCUUCAGAUACAAACACGGGGACCCGUUACCCACGGUGGAGUACACAGCAGAAGAAGUAUCCACAUGGAGGGAGGUUUACCAGCAGCUGCGGAGUAUUUACCCGAGUCUGGCCUGUCGUCAGUUCCUGGACGGGCUGCAGCAGCUGGAGAGAGAGUGCGGCUACGGAGAGGACCGCAUCCCUCAGCUCAGAGAGGUGUCUGCCUUCCUGAGAGAGAAAACGGGUUUCCAGCUGCGUCCGGUCGCCGGCCUCUUGUCGGCCAGAGACUUCCUCGCCAGUUUGGCCUUCAGGGUGUUUCAGUGCACACAGUACAUCCGACACUCCUCUGCACCCAUGCACUCCCCUGAGCCAGACUGCUGUCAUGAACUUCUCGGCCAUAUUCCCAUGCUGUCAGAUAAAGAAUUCGCCCAGUUUUCGCAGGAGAUUGGACUUGCCUCACUUGGAGCUUCAGAUGAGGACAUUGAGAAACUAUCAACAUUGUACUGGUUCACUGUGGAAUUUGGCCUCUGCAAGCAGAACGGAGCAGUGAAAGCUUACGGCGCUGGACUCCUGUCGUCCUACGGAGAGCUGGUUUACGCUCUGUCCAACGAGCCAGAGUACAAGCCGUUCCACCCAGAGGAGACGGCGGUGCAGCCGUACCAGGACCAGACCUUCCAGCCUGUCUACUUUGUGUCCGAGAGCUUUGAGGAUGCAAAGAUUAAGUUGAGGAGGUUCUCUACAACCAUCAAGCGUCCCUUUGCGGUUCGCUAUGACCCCUUUACCUGCAGCCUGGAGGUUCUGGAUCAACCCGGCAAGAUCCAAAACGCUCUGAGCCAGAUGAGAGAAGACCUGAAGACCCUGCACGGCGCCUUGGAGAAGCUCAGCUCAUCUUAAAGACCAGGACCGGACUUCCUGUAGAGAUAAAGACAGACGGACACUUGCAAACACGAAGGACAGACAUUUGGCCUGUGUAAACGUUGUAUAUGAGAUCGACCAUUAUGAACAGCACAUAAAGAGAAUCACAAUGUAGUCAGGUUUGUGAGUUUCCACAGGGCCAUUUAUUUGUGUGUAUAAUGUAUUAUGUAAAAGUGCAGAUCAUGUAAAAAGAAAUAAACGUUUAUUUUCAAAA